CGUCACUCAUGCCUUCUGGAUUUUACGCGAAAACCUUCGUACCGAUCCUUAUUUCUCUCCAUUGAUACUUUCAUUCUGAACUCUUAACUAGACUUUACAGCCAUCCAUUCACCCUGAAAUCCUGCAUUUUUAUUUCUUAAAGUAAACGAUCAAAACAACCCUCCCACUGGAACCCCAUCUUCAUUCCCAUUGAUUUUUUUCCUCUUUCUGUUUCUCACUCUUGAUUCAGCACUCAUAUCCCGAAUAUUGUCUUCUGUUAUUAAUCAUUUAUGGCUGACGAGGUUAAGGAGAGGCAUAAUGAAGAGUUCGUCCUGGAAAGUGAUGUUGACGAUAAUGAGGACGACCUUGAAGAGAGCAAGGCAGGGGACGGCAGCAGCAGCAGCAGCAACUACAAUAGUGAUGAUGACGGUGAGGGAGGCCGGGGAGGUCCUUCCACCACUUUCACUUCACAGCAAUGGCCUCAGAGCUUCAAAGAGACAAUGGAUCCUUAUACAAUCACAGCAUCACCAAGCUUUGGACUUAUUGGGGGAAUUUCAAAUUUUAGACAUUUUAGUUUUAGCAGUCAGAAAAGUAAUUUGGACCUGGAUGGAAAGCUUCCUCUUCUGCCUGAAAAUCGAAAGAGUUAUUCUAAGGAGUUUUUAGAUAGCAUCUCAGGAGCACAGUCAACUUGGUCACAGAAGCAUUCAUUUGCUAAGCAACUUACUGGAGAAUUUCCCAUAGCUUACGGAUGUAGCGUGACCCAAACAGUCUUUAAUGCAAUAAAUGUAAUGGUUGGAGUUGGGCUUCUAUCAACACCUCAUACAAUAGCACAAGGAGGCUGGGCAAGCUUGUUGGUCCUAAUCUUUUUUGCAGUUGUAUGUUGCUAUACGGCCAUACUCAUGAAAUACUGCUUUGAAAGCAGAGAAGGAAUUAUAUCUUACCCUGAUAUGGGUGAAGCUGCCUUUGGACGUUUUGGACGCCUUUUUGUAUCUAUUGUUCUCUAUACAGAAUUAUAUUCAUAUUGUGUGGAAUUUAUUAUCAUGGAAGGUGAUAAUCUUACAAGGCUAUUUCCUGGAGUUUCUUUGGACUGGCCUUUUUUAAAUCUGGAUUCAAUGCAUCUCUUUGCAAUUGUAACUGCCUUGGUGGUUCUACCCACUGUCUGGUUAAAAGAUAUCCGUCUGAUUUCAUAUCUUUCAGCUGGUGGGGUUGUUGCAACAUUGGUGAUAGUUCUGUGUCUGCUAUACCUUGGUGCAGCAGGUGGUGUUGGCUUCCAUCAUACUGGUAAAGCUGUUAAUUGGAGUGGCAUUCCCGUUGUAAUUGGUGUAUAUGGAUUUUGUCAUUCGGGACACUCUGUGUUUCCUAAUAUCUAUCAAUCAAUGGCUGAUAAAUCACAAUUUAAGAAAGCAAUGCAAAUAUGUUUUUUUCUGUGUAUAGUAUUGUAUGGGGGUGUUGCAGCAAUGGGUUACCUCGAGUUUGGUCAAAGCACAUUGUCUCAAAUAACUUUGAAUAUGCCACCACAAGCUUUUGUUUCCAAAAUUGCGUUGUGGACGACAGUUAUCAAUCCACUCACAAAAUAUGCAUUGUUGUUGAUCCCCUUGGCGAGGAGUAUAGAGGAACUGCUACCAGAUCAUGUUGUAGAUAGUUUAUGGUGUUUCUUUCUUCUUAGAGCGCUACUUGUCUUUUCUACCGUUGGCGUUGCAUUUGUCAUGCCUUUCUUUGGUCUUCUGAUGGCUUUAAUUGGUUCUGUUCUAAGCUUCAUGGUGGCUAUAAUAAUGCCAGCACUGUGUUUCAUAAAGAUUGUCGGGAGAAAAGCUUCAAGGACAGAUAUUGUUUUGAGUUCAACAGCAGCUGUAAUCGCCAUCAUCUGUGCUAUUUUUGGGACAUAUUCUGCAUUGCAAGGGAUUGCGAGCAAUUACUAAUACCUAGAGAAUAGCUUCCUGCUGGUUUCCGAUAUGUAGAUUGUCAUCAUGGGGUUGCUCAUUCUUUCUGCAUCUACGACUUUCUGCUGGGAAAAUGGAUCUUUCAGUAGCUAGCUGCCUGGAUAAAUUUAGUUCCAGAUACAUUAUCGUAAGGCAUUACAGAAUAUUAGGAUUAAGACAUGCUCAUGCUCAUGCUCAUGCUCAUGUUACAGUGUUAUUGCUUUGAUGUUCCCCUCUUAUUCUAUCAUAUUUUAUUUUAGUUUUAAGGCCUUAAGAGUUCCUGAAUGGUCCAGAAAAACAAAAAAAGAGAAAAAGGGCCUUGGUGCCCCUGGGUUGAACUUGAUCCAACUGUUGACUGCCAAAGCCAGCAUUUGGAUCUGAUCAUUAUAUAAAAACUUCGUCUUUCAGUUUUAUCAGUCAAUGAGACAAAGAUGUCAAUUUCACUUUA